AUGUCAUGAAUUCCUUUUAUUUACACCCACAGCACCCAUGUCCUCCGCCUCGUGCCUCGUCCAUCCCGCUCCAAGGUUCCGGGUUCGGCUCCUGCCUCUCCCCUCCUCCGUCGCCGCGAGGCCGUUGCUUGGCUUCAGGCCUCGGUGUGGGGCUCCAGCGAAGGGAUGGGCAUUGUGGCACGUCUCAUGCUUCAAAAAUGGUCAGGAUGGGCCAACAACAUCUGACGAAGGUGAUGACUUCAAGUAUGUUGCCCAAUCACAGAGCUCUGGUGGUGCAGAGGUGAAAAAGGAAGAGGUGAGUAGCUUAAACGGGGAGCAGGAGCAGAAUUUGAAGGACGGCGAUGGGUUCCUGCAACUGCAGAAGGCAAGUCUGAUUUGCUUGAAUUGUUUGUAAUUUGUACUCCAGUAAAUUUGGACAUGGAAUGUGCUACUUGGAUGGGGGUGCUUGAGAGAAAAAGUGACGUGUCAUUAUUUAGGAUACAUUAAAGCUAAAACUACUGCAUAACUGGAUUGUCAACUUAUAUUUGUCUUGAUUGUCUGAUAAUUUAAUGUAAGAAACUGGAAUGAAAACUAUUGGUCAUAAUUAUAAAACAGCUAUAGAAUA